AUGGCACGCAAGUACUUCUACUUCGACUACGACUAUUAUGGCGUGAGCUUCUAUGAGGAAGAAGUAACGACUGAAUCUGAAAAAAGGGUGAUCUGUGCAGCGAACAGUGGCAGCUUUGACAGUGGAGUCAUAGACACCCUGAAUAAGCCAUACUUUGAGGGCCUCCAGAGCUCUGUAGACAACCACAGCUACCAGGGCUGUGACAUAAACGACCGUCAAGACACUGAGCAAGAAGAACUGGAGGUGGCCAGGACUCUGGAAGAUGAACAGCCAUCAUUCAGGAUUCGUCAGAGACCAUAUAGAUUCACGCCUGGACAGCUAUGGGAACUGCGGGCAGUCUUCGAAGAAACUCACUACCCAGAUGCCCUCAGAAGAAAAGAGCUAGCAGAGCUCAUAAACGUGGAUGAACAGAAAGUGAAGGAUUGGUUUAACAACAAGAGAGCUAAACUUAGGAAGAAUCAGAGGGCAAUAAUGACAAACACACAUCCCCCUCCUACCAAGGAAGACCUCGCCAUGAAGACUUUGGUGGAGUCCAAGAAUAUCAUCAUUCUCCAGGAACAAGUGGGGGAUGGGCUCGUCUGGUCUCAGCAGGACUUUGACAUCCAUGCUGGCCAGGACAUCCCUAUCUUUCCCCACUUACAUUAG